GAUACGCAUGGAGAUACCUGCAUAUACAAGGAGGUAUCUACUUUAAUGACAUGAUCCAUAAUAUAAAUUGAAACGAUAGUUGAUUGAUAUCAAAUCAACUGAAACCACUCUCAUUCACCACAUCUCUCUCUGCCCAGGUGCUCCAUCAGGCCAAAUGAGAGGCUAGCCAAACAUCAGCCGGAAGAGGGCGAAUCAUACAUAGUACGAGUAAUGAAUAGUGUUGAACUCAGACUUUCAAACUCUUGUACGUUGUUGCGCUGCAGUGCAAACUCAGACGUGCAAACUCAGACGUGCUUGUAGAUGCUCGAUAUCACCAUCAGACUUCAAAGAACAUCCAUUCUAAACCUAAACCUAAACCCAGCUCAUAAAUCCUUUUCUUUUUCCUUUAUCGGGAUUCUUAUCCCUUCACAAAACAAAUCAUUCAUUGCAUGCAUGGGCAUAGAUUGAUUGCAUUCUUUCCCCCCCUCCCUUCAUUGCUUGCUUGAUAAAUUAGAUUGUCGAGGUGCAAAUGCAUACAUAAUAUUACGAGGUUCAGCAGAAAAGAGGAACAAGAGAGAAAGUUGGCUGAAAACGAGAUAUAUGCAGCCUAUCGCUCCGAGCGAGGAAUUUAUCAGCAAUUCAAUCAAUACCACCACUGUUGUACCUAGGUAUCUCAGGUAUUCAAGGUCUCUAUCCAAGAUAUCCUUACCGAAAGCAUCCGGUGUCCGUUCAUCGACCCAUCCACCAUCCACCAUCCACCAUCCACCCAUCCACUCAUCCACCCAUCCAACCAUCCCAUCCCAUCACAUCCCAAUCCCAAUCCUAGACCAUACGCCUUUUCUACAAGCCAAACCACAAAGUAAAUCCGAGUUCAGUUCUUGCUUCUCCACCACAGACACACACCAACCACCACCACCAACGCAGCCAUUUUUGGGUUUGUUCUGUGCCUUCGCCCUCGAUAAGAUAUCCCUUCGAACGCCCGCCGCAAGAGAUUCAGUUCAAUUUGAUUUUAUUCCGGCUGGCCGAGAACUCAUCGGGACUGGGUUCAACAUUCGACAUUGCGUUGGAUCAUUGGAGAAAGGGAAGCAAACGAGGCACGCAACAUUUGGAAGGGUGCGACAAGGUUACCGUAUAAUGAUGGAGGACUUCCUGCGGGGGAUGCAGCAAUCAACUCUCACCACCUCGGUUUUAUUCGCAACGCCAACGUCGAUACCCAUUAUCGCUGCCGCUCAGGAAGCUCUUCGAGACACACUGCAACAACCGACUAGCCUUCAACGUGCGGCGGCGGCUGUUGCGACCAGUACAUCUAGCGACAAUGUUCAGCUCAAGUCCUCCAAUGAUUCGACGAUAAAUGGUGUGGUGAUAGGAUUAUUGAGUUCAUUUGGUUCGGCCAUCUUAAUCGCUUUUAUCUUCCUGAUUGUUUAUUUCUUCAAAUACACCAGCAGUGGGCGGAUUUUACUGGAUCGGAUCGGAAGGCCGGGAGAAUACGACGAUGAACAGGCUUUCGCAAAGGAAGAGGCCGAAGCCUUGGAAGAAAUGGAUGAUUUACAAAGAACGGAAUACUUACGAGCCAAAGCAUUCGUACAAUCAAACCCACCCGAUUCAUUACCAACCGACAUUUCCUUAUCACAAUACUUGGCAAUUCAAGAGAAAGGAGUCUCUGCUUGGGAAUUCGAACCAGAGUUAGAGAUUGCGAAUUGUUUUGUAGAGGCUAGGACGGAAAUUGAAUUCUUCGAUAGCGAAUGUUGCACCUUGACGAAUUUACCCGUACCAAAACAGAACGAGGUUUACUAUUGGGAGUCUAAGAUUUACGAUAAGCCAGAAAACACACUUAUUAGUAUCGGCGUGGCUACAAAACCUUAUCCUUUGUUCAGGUUACCAGGGUGGCAUAAGUAUUCCGUCGCUUAUACAUCUACUGGACAUCGAAGAUACAAUCAACCCUUUAGCGGACCGGUAUAUGGACCACAAUACGUUCAAGGAGAUGUUAUUGGAGUAGGAUACCGACCUCGAACUGGCACGAUAUUCUUCACUCGAAAUGGAAAGAAACUCGAAGAUGUAGCACAUGGUUUGAAAUCACAGAACCUUUUCCCAGCUGUUGGAGCAAAUGGUCCUUGCACAGUACAUGUCAAUUUUGGUCAAUCUGGAUUCGUUUUCAUUGAAGCAAAUGUUAAGAAAUGGGGUUUAGCACCUAUGACUGGUAGUCUUGCUCCUCCACCUCCAUAUGGUAGUGAACAAGGAAGCAUUCUUUUAGAGGCAGGACGAGAAGGUGCGCAAAGUAGUAAUGGUCAUUACCAACCAGACCCAAGACAUGGACGAACUCGAAGUGGAAAUUUUAGGCAUGGUCCACCUACAAGUCCUGGACCAAUACGAUCACCCACAGAUAUUUCUUUAGCUCAACUUACACACUUUCCUUCACACGAAGAGCCCGGGGAGGCUUCUAAUAGUUCUACACCAGCACCUACAGGAGGUGUUACACAACAAAGUGGAUUGGGGGUACACGAUAAUGCACAACCUCCUCCAGAAUAUACGAGUCCUUUACCAUCAGCAGCAGGAAGUCCUCGAGGAAGUACAGAUAGUGAAAGGACACCAAUGUUACGAAGAAAAACUACACCUCCACCAAUACCAAGUUAUAAUGAUGCAGUAGCACAAAGAAAUCGAAGCCAUAGUCAUCGAGAUAGAAGUGGAGGUCGAAGAGAAAGAAGUGAUAGUCAUCGAGCCCGACAAGGUGAUGGAAAUCCUUCUCAAUCAUGACCACCUAGCGUAGAGUGAAUUUCAGAACAAAAUUAUAUGAAGCGAGGAGUUUGAGAGAAAAUGAGAAAGAGGUAGUUUGAAUAAAGGCUUUUGGCAUGGUAUUGAUCAUGGGAUGGAUCGCAGUAGUGAUGUUUUCUUUUGGGAGGUGGGAACUUGUUAGGACUUGGAGUUUACAUAUGAAUAGCGUGGUGUGAGGUAGUUCCCUAUGUUGUUGAAUUGAAUUGAAGGGUGGCACGGUGUAGUUUUGGUAUGCUCUUAUCUUGUCUUGGGUUGGGUUGGUAAGACAAGGAAGGAUUUGGAGAUAGGUUGGGAUGGAUGGGAUGGGAGAAUUGUUUUGGUUGGCGUAUUGGGUGUUUUUUUGUGGAUUGGUUGUUGAUGGGUGGAUGGAUGGAAUCUUGAACAUAAGUUGAAAAUUGGAGAAGAAGAUUUUGAAGAGAGGCAUUGGAAUGGAUGGAAGGAUGGAUGUGGCAAGAGUGUCUCGGAAGUGAGAGAGUAUGUGAAUGGAGGUAUGAGAUGAGAUGAGAUGAAAUACAUAGGAAGAGAAUGGAAUGGAGAUAUGGAUACUGAUUGCUUGGCGACUAAGUGGAGAGGGGUAAAAUGACUUGUGCAUAAGAUAGCAGUCGAGGCAAUACAAUUAUAUGAAGUUCCUUUGUCAUUAUCAAAAUUAAAAUUCAAUGAAAUCAAAUCGAAUAAUACCUGAUCCA